AUGAGUGAAGAUGUACUACAUAGACAUAGAACAACAAAUCAUGACUUAAAUAUUCAAUUCAAUCGUGAAAUUUAUAACGAAGCUUUGAUUAUGAUCGAAGACUUAUGUUUACUUAUAUCAAAUCAACCACUUAAAUUAUUAGGAUUGUAUUCGCCAAAUCGUUUGGCAACUGAUAUGCAGCGCGAACUUCAGUAUAGCUCUGAAGAUUUGGUUGAAUUUGUCACAAGAAGCGAACAAAUCAAUGCUUGCCUUAAAUCAUCUAUUUUGUGGCGAAGUGUCCACAUAUUGCGAAUUACCGAAAACAUGCGUGUUGGACUACAGAGAGAUUUAGCUGCAGAACUGUUUGCCAAACCAUUGCUGGAUAUUGUUAAUGGAAACAACCAUCAAUGGCUUCAAAAUAGAGCGUUUCUGGCUGCCAAGAACUUAGAUGUCGAUGAAAUCAAUUCAAAAAUUCAAGCUAUGCUACCUGGUGAUUUAAUUUCGUUAAAAUCCAUCGACACAGUGGUAGAUGAAAACGAGAUUGUGAAUUAUCCCACUGAGUACUUAAAUUUGUUUGAUUUGCCAGGACUACCACCACGCAAUUUACUUUUAAAAGUUGGUUCACCAAUCAUUUUAUUACACAAUCUAAACCCACUAAAAUUAUGUAAUGGAACAAGAUCAGGAAAAUUCAGAGGAGAAAAUAUAUUGCUUCCACGCAUACCAAUUAUACUAACCGAUGAUCCAAUUCAAUUCAAACGAUUGCAAUUUCCAAUUCGUUUAGCAUUUGCGAUGACAAUUAAUAAAUCUCAAGGUCAAACAUUAAAAGUAUGUGGACUGAAUUUGGAAAAUCCAUGUUUUUCGCAUGGGCGACUAUAUGUUGCAUGUUCCCGUGUUGGAAAACCUUCUGAUCUCUGUAACUACGGUCAAAAUGGCUUAACAAAAAAUAUUGUUCAUGAUUUAGCUUUAAGAUAA